CUACCAGAGGCGUCUGAAAAAAUGCGCGAAUCUACAAUUGAAGAAAAUAAAAUCUGCAAAUCAGCAAUAAACUUUUGGAAUAUUCGGCAACCGUCACACCUUAACAUGAGCGAUUCGUAUGAAGCACCAGUGCGCGAAAAGCGCUCAUUUCUCAUGGCUCGAGAUCCCAGCGAUGACCGGCGCUGUCGACCAAGACCGGAGAAAAAGUUGCGUCUGUUCGAUGAUAUACAUGAAGCCAGGGAGAGCACAGACGGCUCAGAGUGCGCAUCCAAUGGUGGAGACUAUGCAACUAGUGUCCCGAGUGCUGAAGAUAGCAGUGUCGGGGAUACUGGGCCACAGGUCUUUUUGCGUCUGCGUCCCGUUGGUGCCGCCUCCAAAGCAUACUCGGUAUCAGACGAUGGAAAAGUGCUGGUUACCAGCGCGAUGAGUGAAAACACCAGCACCAAUGUCAACAAAAUGGAAAAGCACUUUGGAUUCACAUCUAUAUUCGAUGGCUCCGUUGGGCAGCGGGAUGUCUACGACAUCUGUGUUGGUCCCAGGAUUCUGGAUGAAAAAUGCGUUACCAUAAUGACGUAUGGCACUUCAGGCUCGGGAAAAACGUACACAAUGCUUGGCGAUGAUGUGCUUGCUGGUGUUAUACCCCGCGGCCUAGAGCACAUAUUCACCAUCUACAUGGAAAACUUAUACCACUCACCCAAACUAAAACUGGUCAACGGCUGCAUUGAGUUCCUCCAGGACGAGACCACGUUGCGGGAAAUGCAAAUAAGCAAGAAACUGCUUAGCUUGUGCCAGGAUAUUGGCGGGCAUCACGAGCGACUGAAGGAGGCGAUUCAGGGGGAUCACACCUUCGAGACAAAGGCCGACCCGAACGUCUCGGUAAUGAUUUGGGUAUCAUUUGUGGAGAUCUACAAUGAACUGGUAUACGACCUAUUGAGCAUACCGCCGCGUCAAGAAAAUCUUGGUGCUGUUCCGCGAAAGCCCAUGAAGAUCUCCUGCAAUAAAGGUCAAGUAUAUAUCAAGGCCCUGACGACUGUGUUCGUAAGAAGCAGCGAGGAAGCCUUGCGGCUGCUGCGGCUGGGACAGCAGCGUUCCACCUACGCUUCGACCUCGGUAAACGCGAACUCUAGCAGAUCCCACUGUGUCUUCAUCGUGGAUGUGUUGAAGUACAACAGCUCGGGAAUGACCACUCAAUGUUCGUACAAGUUUUGCGACCUUGCGGGCUCGGAGCGUGUAAACAACACGGGCACCAUCGGGUUACGCCUCAAGGAGGCGAAAAACAUCAACACCUCCCUAAUGACUUUGGGGCGGUGUCUGGACGCGGCCAGUACUUCACGGAAGAAGCCAAACAAUGACGUCAUACCAUUUCGCGAUUCAAAGCUUACCAUGCUGUUGCAAGCAGCCCUGCUCGGAAAGGAACGCUUGGCCAUGAUAGUGACUGUCACACCGCUGGAGAAGUUCUAUGAGGAAAACCUGAACGUGCUCAACUUCGCCUCCAUAGCGAAGAAUAUCAUUUUUAAAGAGCCUUUGAUAAAGCAGCAUAGUACACGAUAUUCCGGUUUCUUUGACAACUCUAAAAGGAAUACCCAGUACGAAUACGUCAAAGAGAUUGAGGAGGAUCGCUUUUCGGCAUAAUAACACAUCGUAUAAUACACUUU